CCGCCCGCCCCGCUGUGGCGCGCACCAUGGUGGGGCUGUGGACGCUGCUGGGCCAGGCCAGCCGGCUGGGCGUUCGGGUCCGGCCUCGAGCCACCUGGCUCCUGGGGGCUGCCACCCACUGCGCCCCGGCGCCCCUGGCCCUGGCCCGACCUGGUCCAGACACCCGAUUGCUUCGCACCGCUCCUGGGGACGGCGCGGGCCGCCAGGAUGCCAGCAGAAUCACCCCAACCCCAGGCAAGGAGACCAGAGGCAGAGAGGAGAAAAAGCAGAGCAAGUCCCAGCAGCUGAAAAAGGUUUUCCAAGAGUAUGGGGCUGUUGGCGUGUCGUUACACAUCGGAAUCUCAUUGGUCUCCUUGGGCGUAUUUUACAUGGUUGUUUCCAGUGGUGUAGACAUGUCUGCGAUCCUGCUUAAGCUUGGAUUUAGAGAGUCUCUGGUACAGUCCAAGAUGGCGGCAGGCACAAGCACCUUUGUGGUGGCCUACGCGAUCCACAAGCUGUUUGCCCCCGUGAGAAUCAGCAUCACGCUCGUCUCCGUGCCCUUCAUUGUCAGAUACUUUCGUAAAGUGGGACUUUUUAAACCUCCAGCUGCAAAACCUUGACAACCCAACGGCGGGUACCUCUUUCUUCUCAAUCAUAAAAUUUGAUUUGGGGGCUGUAGGGGUUAGGGGUGGGGGCAGGGAGCGGCUAUGAUCGUGUGGGAGUUUACCUUUGCUGGCAAAAAUGAGGUUUUUGAAUGCUUUUGUUUUAUAAAAUUUUGUUAAUGCUAGUGAUUACAGGGCUGUGUAUGUAAUCUAAUUGUCAGCAAGUCGUGACAAAUGAGCUACUAGCUUCAAACCAUCCACAAAAAUGACCCUUCUAGUGGGGAGUAGGGAGAGGGAGGUGUCUUCAAAAGGCCUAACUUCUUUGCUCACCUGCUUAAAAAGCAACAGUUCAGCUGCAAUGUAAAAUUCUCCCUUUGAUUCAAUUAGCAGUAUUCUGCAAGACAGCUGCCAGGCAGACAAGGAACAAAGCAGGACCAUCUGUAAUCAUGAUCUGAGCUAGCAUCAACCCUCAGUGUUCAUAAUUAAUACUUGUUUUGGAGACUCCAAAAUACAUGCAAAUGUGAACCUGAAAGAACUAGAUGGUUCUUCUGAGAUUUCAUUAAAGUAGGCCAGGGUUGUUCGUAAAAUAGAGAAGCACUGCUCAUUAGCAGUGUUAAAAAAGAUUGCCACUUGGAGCCAGGUGCCUGUGGUUCAAGUCUAAUCCUAGCUACUCAAGAGGCUGAA